AUGGCUGAGGAAGACUUGAACGAACACUUGGAGCAAUUAGAAUACGAACAUGACAUUUUGGAAAAGCUCAUCGCGGAACUAGACGAGUCAGAAACAGCAGGUGUCAAGAUCAACGCCAUCCGCCAAAGGAUAUCAAGAAUAAGAGACAUCCUAAGGAAGAUGUUUCGCCAAAGGAAGGCGCCCCGUGACACAUGGCAUCCCGUUCCUUACUCAGUCUGGCCUGGAUUCUCUGAACCUCGAGUGGACGGCCCUCAAAGAGGUAAGUCUCAAAGUGUUCCUACUUCUUCUCCCUCGCCUUCUCAUCCUCCUCCUCCUCCUCUCACUGUUUCUCCUACUCCUCAUCCUGAAUCUCUUUCCCUUUCCACUCCCCAACCUUCCCCAACCUCUCCUACUCCUCAAUCCCUUUCCCUAUCCACUCCUCCUCCUUCCCCAACCUCUCCUACUCCUCAAUCCCUUUCCCUAUCCACUCCUCCUCCUUCCCCAACCUCUCCUACUCCUCAAUCCCUUUCCCUAUCCACUCCCCUACCUUCCCCAACCUCUCCUACUCCUCAAUCCCUUUCCCUAUCCACUCCUCCUCCUUCCCCAACCUCUCCUACUCCUCAAUCCCUUUCCCUAUCCACUCCCCUACCUUCCCCAACCUCUCCUACUCCCAAUCCUUUCCCUAUCCACUCCUCCUCCUUUCACCUCUCUCCUCCUCAAUCCACUCCCUCCACUCCCCUACCUCCCCAACCUCUCCUACUCCUUCAAUCCUCUUCCUUUCCACUCCCUACCAUUCCCAAAAACCUCUCCUACUCUCCAAUCCUCUUCCCUUUACCCCAACUCCCCUACCUUCCCCAACCUCUAAUACUCCCCCAUCCUCUUCCCCCACUUUCCCUCCCCCACUCCCCAACCCUCUCUACUCCUUCAAUCCUCUUCCUUUCUCCCCCAACCUUCCCCAACCCUCUCCUACAUCCUCAAUUCCUCUUCCUUUCCACUCCCCUACCUUCCCCAACCUCUCCUACUCCUCAAUCCUCCCUUCCCUCCCAUCCUACCUUCCCCAACCUCUCCUACUCCUCAAUCCUCUUCCCUUCCCAAUCCCCUACCUUCCCCAACCUCUCCUACUCCUCAAUCCUCUUCCCUUUCCACUCCCCUACCUUCCCCAACCUCUCCUACUCCUCAAUCCUCUUCCCUUUCCACUCCCCUACCUUCCCCAACCUCUCCUACUCCUCAAUCCUACUUCUGCAAUCCUCUUCCCUCCACCUCCCCUAA